AAAAAAAAAAAAAAAAAAAAAAAAAAGUCGACUUUGGGCUCUUCCACGAUAUCUCAAUUGCUAAUCAGUAGCUUCGGGCAAUUUUGCCUCUUCCUGCAAACGAAAAAAAACGCAACAUCUCCGUCUCCGAACGUGACCUGUCGUGGUGGCGUCGGCCCUCAUGGAAGGGCCUUUGGAUCGGCUGAACGGGGACAACGACACCAAGGCGCCGGGCGACGUCCCUCUACAACCCCAACGGGAGAGUCAUGUCAAGGUCUCCAACCCGCCACCUGUCCCAUCCUCCUCGCGGAAUCCCCAUCCCUCGCGCACCAGUCAUUCUGCGAAGAACCCGAUCAUCGGCCGCAAUAAGGUGGCAAUCCCCCGUCAGCGCGCUGGAGCUGCCCCCCCUCGCUAUGGCCGUCGUGUGCCCCUGGCAUGCGAAACUUGCAGACAGCGGAAAACGAAAUGUAGUGGCGAUACUCCGGUUUGUAGGCAGUGCAGCGAACUAAGAGUUGACUGUUGCUACCCGGUAUCCUGGCGCGAGCGAACCAAGGGGCAACUGGCGAAGCUUUCGGCCAAGUCGGACGAUUAUGAGAAUCUUUUACGGGAAAUCAGUUCUGUCGUGGAUGGCAGCACUUCGGAACGCAUCAAAUACACCCUGGAUAAGUAUUCCGACUCGGUAGAUGAACCCCUCGGUGAUCACCGCUCCAAUACCCCCGCCCGCGAUGAUGACCCCGAAGUUGAAAGCUUACCUUCUUCGAUUGGAUCGCUGGAAGCUAUUGACCGCGUGGAAGAAGAUGUGAACCGGCACGAGCGCGCUCGCGCUACGGGGUAUAUGGGGAAAAAUUCCGAGCUUACCUGGCUGCAACGACUGCGAAGGGAGGCCGAACAACGGGCCCGUAGGAUGCCCGGGACUUAUGAGGCCAAGCAUGAGGGGGAUUUUGCCCUCUAUUCGAUGAAUUACCAUCUGGAUGAUAUGGAAAUCUCCAUUCCCGGGCCCAUACAGGUUUACUGGAUGCCUCCCCGACAGGUAGCCGACAAACUCUUUGAGGAUUUCCUGGAGACUAUUCACCCAGUGUACCCUAUUAUCAGCCGGACACUUUUCCGGGCCCAAUACCGGAAUUUCUUCGACAAUUCAGCCCGACCUGGGAAUAAAUGGCUGGCAAUUUUGAACCUGAUUUUCGCUAUCGCCUCUCGGCAUGCUCACCUCACACAAGCCUCCUGGCGCGGCGAAGAAGACGAUCAUCUAAUCUAUUUGACCCGCGCCCGAGCACUCAGUAUGAACGAUGAUGUCCUAUUUACCCAUCCUGAUCUUCAACAGGUGCAAGUUGAGGGCCUUACGGCUUUCUAUUUGCUUGCCACUGACCAAGUCAAUCGUGCUUGGAGAAUUGCGUCACUAGCUCUUCGCUCUGGCAUAUCUCUGGGACUGAAUAUGAAAAACACUAGUGAUUUCACCCCCGACAUAUCCAAGGAGGCUCGCUAUCGGGUUUGGUGGUGCCUUUAUACCUUUGAACAUAAGCUCGGAAUCAUGACAGGACGAGUGACGGGGAUAUCGGAUGGAAUCUGCACGACCCCAAUGCCACUUCCCCUGGAUGAAGAUCAGUUCCAAGACCCCGCGGUGGCGAAGCUUCUCGGUGAUCAAGACGCCCGUCACCAGCGCGUGGAAUUGGCGCUGGCAAGCUCGUAUGCGCGACAGAUGCCCCUGAAUCCCCGCGGGGGUCAAGAUUUGCGGCAUACAGACAAGCUGUGUGACACUACCGGGCUAAAAGGUCUCCCGGCUAGCAGUUCCCUCUGUUUCCUCUACAAUGUGGAUCUCGCCGUCAUUGUGCAGGAGAUUGUUGACCGCGUGUAUUCGCUCGACUGCGCAAUCACUCCGUGGAGCCACAUCGAGAAUCGUAUUGGAGAGCUCCGAGCCCGAAUUGACCUUUGGUUCUCCAACCUUCCUGCCGCGUAUGAUUUCACCCGGCGAGAAGACGGCGAGCAAAGCAUUCAAAUGCUCCGCGAUAAGCUUUUCCUUGCCUUUCACUACUACAGCGCCCGCAUCACCCUGGGACGCCCGUGCCUAUGUCGCCGCGACACCGAACAACCAGUCGACGGCAAUUCGCCUCGGAAAUCGUCCUUCGGCCACGACAUGGCAAUAACAGUCCUCGACUCUGCACGCCGAAUGCUGGACUUGAUCCCUGAUGCUCCUAACGCCGUGCGUCUCUAUGAGGUAUGCCCGUGGUGGUGCGUUCUCCACUAUCUAAUGCAGACGACGACCGUCUUACUCCUGGAGCUUUCCUUCGGCAGCAUCCACAUCCCCGAAGAAGACGAGAAGAACUUCCUUGAGGCAUCCAAAAAGGGCAUCCGUUGGCUUUACGCCAUGUCCGAGUAUAGUCUUGCCUCCCGCCGUGCAUGGGAACUAUGCGAUAGCAACUUCCGCCGCAUCGCCCUGGGCAUGAAAUACGACAUGACAGACAUCCCUGCUCCCGAUUAUCUCUCUGAUUCCGAGAACCCCACCAAGUCCGGACUCAGUAACUACGACCCCUCUAUCAUAUCCCAAGCCCAAAUCCCAAAUCAGCAACUGCCUCCGCCAUCCUACCCUAACGAUGCCACCACCGUCCUCGACACCUCCAAUCCAAUCCUGAAUCCCGAACCGCAACAACAGCAACAACAACAGCAGCAGCAGCAGCAGCAGCAGCAAUACUUCCCUCCCAACUGUCAAUCAUUCAGUUCCGCGCCCGUGCCCCCUCCUACCACGGGUGGUGGCUUCCAACCCUUGCCCCCGACUCUGAACGCGUUCUUCACCAAUUUCAAUCUCCCCCUUAACGCCGGCGACAUGUACUUCCCCUACGACCCGAUCACCGGCGAAUUCAUCCGGUCAUUUUUCCCUACAUCCAUGGAGGAAGAGCCAUGGGAUCAGCCAUGAGAAUGCACAACCGAUCCAAUUCUUCUUCUUUUUUUUUUUUUUUUUUU